CGGAAGCGCCGUGGAGCGGGACUACACUUCCCAGAAGUCCGCGGGACGGGCUCCGCGGACAGUACCGGCCAGGCCCUCUCCUGCAGGCCAAGUUUCACGCAGGCCCCUGGCAAAGCUGGUGCUGCUGCUGCGGCCUGAUCCCCCCGGACCGAGCCUGGGAGCGCGGCCGGCGCUGGCGGCUGGAGAUGGCAGACGCGAAAUCCGUGCACGAAACCAGGUUCGAGGCGGCCGUGAAGGUGAUCCAGAGCCUGCCGAAGAACGGUUCAUUCCAGCCAACACAUGAAAUGAUGCUCAAGUUCUAUAGCUUCUAUAAACAGGCAACUGAAGGACCCUGUAAACUUUCAAGGCCAGGAUUCUGGGAUCCCAUUGGAAGAUAUAAAUGGGAUGCUUGGAGUUCACUGGGUGAUAUGACUAAAGAAGAAGCCAUGAUUGCAUAUGUGGAAGAAAUGAAAAAGAUCAUUGAAACUAUGCCGAUGACUGAGAAAGUUGAAGAAUUGCUACAUGUCAUAGGUCCAUUUUAUGAAAUUGUAGAAGACAAAAAGAGUGGCAGGAGUUCUGAUUUAACCUCAGUCCGACUGGAGAAAAUCUCUAAAUAUUUAGAAGAUCUUGGUAAUGUUCUUACUUCUACUCCAAAUGCCAAAACUAUUAAUGGAAAAGCUGAAAGCAGUGAUAGUGGAGCUGAGUCAGAGGAAGAAGAGGUUCAGGAGGAAGUAAAGGGAGCAGAACAAAGUGGUAAUGAUAAGCAAAUGAUGAAGAAAUCAGGAGAGCAUAAGAAUUUGGAAGUCAUUGUCACUAACGGUUAUGAUAAAGACAGCUUUAUUCAGGAUGUACAGGAUGGCAUUCAGGCCACUUCUUUCCUGAAUGGUGGAAGGGCUGAAGAAGUAAAACCUGUAGAGCAAAAUGUGGAGCAAACUGGAAAAACUGCUGUCUGCGUUCACCAAGAUAUAAAUGAUGAUCAUAUUGAAGAUGUUUCAGGGAUUCAGCAUUUGACAAGUGAUUCAGACAGUGAAGUUUACUGUGAUUCUAUGGAGCAGUUUGGACAAGAAGAGUCUUUAGAUAAUUUUACGUCAGACAUUGGACCAUUUCACUAUUACGUGGGUGGUGAUCCCACCACACCCUUGGAAAAUUCUGGUUUCCCUGAAGAUGUUCAAGGACCACCCGGAACUGGGAGCAUUGGGACUGUGCAGGUGGUAGCAGUAAAAGGUGAAGUAAAACAUGGAGGAGAAGAUGGCAGAAGUAACAGUGGAGCACCACCCCAUGAGAAGCGAGCAGGAGAGAGCGAGGAACUCUCUAAUGUCAGAAGAGGGAGAGGGCACAGGGUGCCGCAUCUGAGUGAGGGGAGCAGGGGCCGACAAGCGGGGAGCGGAGGCGACGGCGAGCGCUGGGGCUCGGACAGGGCCCCUCGAGGCCACCUCAGCGAGCAGAUUGCACUGGUGCUCAUGCGGCUGCAGGAGGACAUGCAGAACGUGCUGCAGAGGCUGCACCACCUGGAGACACUGGCCGCAUCGCAAGUAAGCGUCUGCUUCGCCGUCCCGUCCUCUUCCUUUGGUCUUCCCGCAGGGGCAGUGACUCUCCGCUGGUCACAUUCACACAGGUCACACGCUUUCACACAUUUUCACAAAUUUAAUGACUUUUAAAAAAUUCAAAGAGCUCUCUGUAAGAAUAUUGUUUUAGAAAAGACUGACCAAAGGCUGGUAAUCCUAGCACUCUGGGAGGCUGCGGC